UAGCAACAUUUAAGUUAAUAUCAGACAACUCAGGAUGUUAAUGCCGUAUGAUUGGUUAACUCAGAAUAACUUUUGCUAUUCUAACUGAAACCUAAAUAAUUUAAACGGAAGAUGCUUCCCCAAUGGUUUUCGGCGAAAUUCAAUGCCUAUAGGUUAAGGUCAAUCGCCUCCUCGCGGCGUAUUAUAAAAGGAGAAACGAAGUCAGUUGAACAGCAGACCGUUACCGUUCUCGUGUAAUGUGUUUAUUUCUUCGACCAGACUUGACAAGAAGGAGUAAAAAUGAAAUCCGUGGUUCUGACAACAGUAUUCAUAAUUCUUCUGUUUGUCGCCAGAGGGCAUGGUAAAGUUUAUGAUCGCUGUGAACUGGCUCGUGAGCUUAAUGAAGUCUAUAAGUUUCCACAAGAGGAUAUUCCAAAAUGGCUAUGUUUGCUAUACUGGGAGAGUAAGUACGAGACGACUAGUUAUAGAACACUUAGUGAUGGAAGUGCAAACCAUGGAUUGUUUCAGAUCAAUGACCGAUAUUGGUGUCAGUCAGCCAACAGAAGUCCUAGCAGUAACGUCUGCCAAUUGUCAUGUGAUCGAUUAAGAGAUGAUGACAUAUACGAUGACGUUAACUGUGUUUUAGAAAUGUUCCAUCGUCAUAGGUUUCAUUUUUGGCCUUCGUCCUUCGGAAAAUGCACUGGAAACCUUACAGACUGGGUAACCCCAUGCCAUGCUUUCCACCAGAGAAGUGGCUAUGCUCCUCAACAGACGUACCACCCCCCUAAAGGUGGUCAUUACCACCAUGAACAUCGCUAUGGUGAGAGACAUCAUGGGAGCGGGAUCAAGAUAACCCCAAAUGGAAUACACAUUAAUCUAAGUCCACCACCUUUAAGCGCUCUUUUCAGCGGAGGUGGAGGUGGACUUGGUAGUUUAUUGAGUAGCCUUACAGGGAAACUACGUAUCAAACCAUUUUUCAAGAUAUAUAAAACCAUAUCUCUUGGUGCCGAUCAUUAAUGACGUCUUAAGGUUAACUGCUGACAUCUAGUGGGCUUUUUGUAAGUUAAAACACUUGAUGGAAGUAGAACUGCCAUCUAGUGGUAUUUAAAUAACAGCAAACAUCACGAACAGUUACAUCAGUUACAAAUGAAUUCGUACGUAUAAGCAACCAGCUUUUCUGAAACGCUGCCGAGCAUGUGGUUUCCAGCACAAGGUGUUGAUCACUGGCCUGCAUUUUAUAAUGACCAAAACCUGGAUAUCAAUUAUUCCUAUAUUAAUUACUAAAUAACACGCACAUUAAACAUAUGUCGAAUUCGCUUUUUUUUUGUUUUUUAGAUCCUGGCCCACCCGAAGAUGAUGAGUCAAGAUCUAAAUAUUAACAAAAUAAAAAUCGUGAUAUAGACCCUUUAAGUCUUCCCUGGAGUUUUUAAAAUAAAUUUGUGCAAAACGAAAGUUAACUGUCAAUAUCAAGAUGGUUGCGUUAAAUAUUUUAAAUCCUGCUGAAUUCAUUAGACUUUUCAUUUUGUUUAAUAUAUUAUGUAGACAUUUUUAUUUCAAAUCUCCUAGCCAUUUUCUAAAUUACUCUAAAAUAUAAAGAGUUCCAGUUUUUUUGUUAUUUGAUUUAGAUUCUUUGGAUUAUUGGUAGGACAUCAUGUAUAUGUUUCCAGGGUCAGGAACCUUGAAUAAAAUAUUUUUCACUUUAACUUGUUCGAUUAUUUUAAUUAAAUAAUUUCGCCAAGUAAAAAUGUCCCCAGUGCUUUUUAUCCUAUUCAGUUUUGGUAUUAUAUUCGUUUUCUUUUGAGUAGAAAGUAAUUACCACAAAAUAAGAAAAGACCUCCUAUAACACCUACUAUUAGCAGAGUGUUGAACACAGCGGCCUAGUUAAGGCAACUUUUUUAGUUAUUUCACUGUAGACUCUUUAGAAGACAAAUUUUUACCUCAUAAUCCAUCUGUCUAAAGGGUUUGGGCUAGUUUGUUAUUAAACGCAAAGGUACACAAAGGGUUAUCUGUGCUGUGCCUAUCACGGGUAUAGAAACCUGCUUUUAUAGAGUCUUUUGAUUUACCGUUGAGCCACUGGUGGCGAUUUGUGCUAGUUAAACCUAAUUAAUUUUUAUCGCAUUACUUAAUAUUAUUAUAAAUGAGAUAACCUGUCUUAUAUUAUUAAACGUUUCGGAAAUAAAUAUUCUUUCAUUUUAAGAAUGGAAUGAAGUGUUGAAACUAGUUACAAACUCUUAGUUUUUACAUUCUUAUUCUGG